AUGCCCCCGAUCCCGCGAUGUCUCCUCACGACCACCGACCCGAGCGCGCUGAACCAGGCCGACUUACCGCGCCCCUCUGUGUCGUCCGUGUCGUCCGAGUCGGAAACGGCGUCGGAAUCGCCGUCGACGUCUCGCCGAGACGAAAAGUUGAGCGGGACGGUGCCGAACCUGUUUUGGCGCGCCGUCGCCAUGGAUGACCUUCGCGCGGCGCGAAACUUCGUAGGAUUACCGGAAGAGUCGCAGGUGACGUUAGCAGGGGCGAAAUCAUUCGCGUACGUGCGUCAGGGCACGGAGGUCUGGGACGCGUUGCACGAUGGCCGCCUGACGACGGGAGUCCUUAAAGCGGCGCUCGGCUUCGUUGAAGAUGGUGUCGAUAAACGCGCGCUAGGACUCGGCAAGCGGCACGGUGGACACAACGCGAUAUUGAGUGCAUGCCGUCGAUUGCAACGAGAAAAGUGGUGCGAUGACGACGAAGUGGGGGACGUAGCAGACGCGAGACGUCGAAACGAAGCGGCGACGGCGGCGUUUAAUCGACAGAUAGACGGGGACGAUGACGACGAGACUGAAGAUGAAUGUGACGAUGUCGGACUAUGCGAUGAUAGUGCCGGCGAACUGUUGAGCGGCGUUGGAUCGAACGCGUCGGCGAUGGAUAUCUUGGCGGCGUCUCUGGCGUCGGCAGCCAAGAAGAAGACAUCGAAGAAAGGGAAGAAGAAGAAGAAACGUGGGAGCGGGAAGAAGAACAGAGUCGCGGGCGAUAGCUCCAUGCUCACGAACGCGCAGUACUCUCGAGCGCUCGCGCGAGGAUCCACUGUGUACGAAGCCGGGCUGUGCAUGCUCGAUGCUGCAUCAGACGUUCCAAAAGCGUGGGGCGUUGGUCCACUCCCACCCGUCGGCGCCAGCCCGGACGGAUUGAUAACCAUGGCGAGCGGUGAACGUUUUGUGGUCGAGGUGAAGAAUUCAUCGCCGUUUCGCCAAAUGCCAGGUCGAUACGUUGUCGCCGACCGCGAGCCGUAUGCCAAACCACCCGCGUAUCACAUGCCUCAAGUUCAAUUAGAGAUGCUCUGCACGGGGACGCGCUCAGCGUUAUUGGCGAUGCAAAGUAUGACGUACGGAAUAAAAAUAUUUCGCGUCGAGCGAGACGACGACUUCAUAGCGAGUAUGCUCCGGAGAAUUUCGCGUCUGUACACCACGUACGCGCGUAAGGGUAAAGACCCACCCAUGAACUGGGAGGUUCGAUCGAUAGAACACAAGAAAAUGGUGGGCGCUGCCGUUCGACUCGCUGGCGCAGCAACGGUGUACGAUCACAUUCCUACGUCUUUAGUUCCUAACGAUGGAUCGAUUCAUGUCGAAGAGAACGCCUUCGUCGCGUAA